AUGCAGUUAUAUUUAUUACUUAUUUGUUCUAAUACCACUGGUGUUGCGCCAUACAAUAUACUAAAAUCAGGCGACCUCGGAGAAAAUCAGUACAAUGCACAAUUUGUAAGUCCAGUACUGAAUAAUGUGCUCAAGGCUGUUCUUAGUAUCGACUGGAGAAUUCUCGAAGUCCCGGUUGAAAGUAGCAAACACCGACGUAAUUCCAAUAUCAACCCAAUUAUUGAUAAAGUUUUGGAAGCAAAACGUGCAGAUGGUCUUGCCCGCCUCUGGCAAAGCCAUAAAGAAGUGCUCAUAUAUGAACAGACAGGACCUCCAGACUUUGAUGAUGUUACUCAAUUUUACAUACAUGAUUAUAAGUUGGUUCGAGCCAUGAGGGAUGUGUUAAAUCAAAGAAUAACCCUUCGUCUUAAAGAUGGGAUAUCUGAUCAUAAAGACCUAGCAAGCUUUGGUGCCUUUGGCCAUCGCACCGAGUCAUUUAUGAAAAAAAAUAUCGAAAAGGGCAAGUCACAUACUGACCAAAAAAAUAAGUUACUUGUCAAGCGGAAAGUUCACACUAUAAAGCAGAAUCCACCAACACCAAACCGACCUAAGAAGCAAAAGCAUUAG